AUGCAAACCUCAUCUGAAUUACUCAAGCAAGCUUCUCACCUCCUGCGUGAUGUUUGUUGGCUGGUUACCAGUGUUGACCCUCCGCCUGCCAACUUGACACCUCAUUUUCGCCAAGAAUACAUCAAAGACCUCCAGAGUCUCCACUGCAACUCCGAAAUGAUCCUUACUUGGACCAUAUCCUUGGGUCAGAUUCUCAACGAUUCUCCAGGCAAACCUGUCGACUUCAUGCUUGGUCAGUAUAGAGACGCGAGCUGGAUAACACCAACCAACACCCCCAUGCCAUCCUCGGAUGGCUUCCAAUUCGACGCCAGUAGCUACGAUGACGUGGACGAUCUCACCAUGGAUGUAAUAGAAAAUAUUCAAAGUGAAGAAGCGAAAUACUCUCUACAAGACCUGCAAAGACGCAUUUACCAUCGUAGCGAAAUGAUAACACCUCAGAUCGAACUCGACAGCCUACGUAGGAUUAUUUUUGGAUACAAAAAGGCAACUACCUCGGACAUGCACAAAAAUACCAUAUAUGACAGCGUUUCCCCUGGUGGAUUGAAUCACAAGCUCCAACGCAUGACCAAACCCCCACCGACUUUCUCCAACGAGCAACUCCUAAUUGACCACGAAAUUUUCCUUUGGGAAGCCCAAGCCACCGACAAGUGCCGAUUAUGGGUUCACAGUAUCGUCCAGAACAUCAUCGCCAUUGACUCUGUCCGCUUAUGGGGCUCUCUCGAUGAAAUAGAGAUCUUCGCCUACUGUGAGGCUGUUUCCAAGCGCUUGCGGUAUCAAGUCUCAACAGCAGCUGUUCUACAGUGCAUUCAAAACCUGUCUUCGGUGAUGGCCCGCCGUUCUCUUCUUGAUAAACUGUAUAAAAAGUUUGGGGCAAUUGCCCUACUCGAUAGCAUCAUUCUCCACCCAUCCUCCCAUGGUCAAUCCUCACCCUCAUCGUUCCUCCAGAGAGCUAUCCCGUCUGUCAUUCAAGCCCUUGAGCACACCCCUGUUGAACGUACCGAAUACUGGAGGCGCCGCAAGUUUGUCACCCAUCUACUGAACAUGGUUGCCUUUCCUUCUACCAGUGAAUAUGUCGAAGAUUUUUUUAAGUGUACUGUACCUCCUGAUAUUGAGGAAGAGGAACAUUCUGAGAAAGAGGAGGAAGAGGAAGAACACGAGGAAGAUUCUGAAGAGGAAGAAUAA